UAGACAGCUAAUUUAUUUUCCAAUAAGACAAUUUGGAAAAAAUACGAAGUGAAGGUGCAGCAGAAAAUGCAAAUUUCAGGCGUCGUUAAAGUGAUUGACUUCAAGCAAACAUCACUAGAAUUAUGUGAGAUUAAAAAGUGAUCACUAGUAAUGUUGAAAAGUAAAAAAACUUGACAAUAUUGAAUUUUAGGAAUACGCCAUUCAGUAGAUUUGAAGUUGAUUUUAUUUGGGUAUAGAAAAAAGCAAAGCAUAUUUUUUACGUUGAGCUCUCUGUUUCGGUUCUUCUGUGUGCUCUUGUACGUACAUUUGAUAGUAUGUGUUUAGAUGGCGAUCGGCCAUUCUAGUAUGUGUGAAAAUCUUUGUCCUAAGCAAAGUUGCACCAAAAGAAUGUAAAUGGUGGCUCUUUAAGUAAGAAAAAAGGGAAAUUUCGUUUGAUUCUGGAUUCUAGUUCAACAAAUAUUUUUCAAAUUAUCUUUCUGAAACAUCAUGGUCAAAGGCCGACGCACUCGCCAGGCCAACACCACAAGCCAAUUACUUUCGGCGGCUUCAGUGACAGAUGGCACCGCUAGUCCUAAGCGAAAAGAUUUCAAAUAUGACAACAAUGGAUCAAACUUCACCCAUAACAACAAUGUCAACGACAACAAACACAGCAAACCAUCUCUUGCAGAUGGGACCUUAGUGCCGAUGGUUCUUCGGGGUGGCCGCUCUAAAACCAAUGAAAUAACCCAAUAUUUCACGAACAGUGAGAAAUUUCCGGCAUCAACUAUUUUAAAUAAUGUUCCUGUUGCAAACGUUGCCAGCUAUAUUGAUCUCACUGAUGAUAACACCUACGAUUCGUUUGGAAAUAUUGCGAGUAAUGUCUUAAACCCUCAAGGAAAUGAUUCUCCGUUAGCAGGCAUCGACUUCAAUCUUAUUAAAAGCAACCCAGCAAGUAACAUUUUCUUACAAGAACCAGUUCUCAGUUUAAAUAUUGAUAAAUCAUCGACUGAUCAAUCAAGGAUUGUCAUAAAAAAUUCUUUCCUCACUACCGAUAUUCAGAACAAAUUUUCCCCUCCAAAAUGUGAACCGAUGUGGGGAAAUGUGACAGACAUGACGCAAGUACAACGAGAGCCGAUAGAGCACGCCCUCGAUCUCUCCAAACCAACGCAAGUGACGUCAAUCGAUUCGACUACGUUCCUAAAUCAAGACAGCAAUUCGUGUGAUAGUGGAGAUAGUGGUGUAGUUAUUCUACCUUCGGGAACUCUAGAGCAGGCUGUUCAACUAGACGGAACUCGACGUAAACCGGCUACUCCACACCGCAUUCUAUGUCCUUCUCCAGUAAAAAAUCCUAUCGUUGCUAGUCCCUCGAAGGCAUUGGCUCAUCUCAAUAUUCAGAAUAAACGUGCCACCAGAAGGAAUGCAAAGUCCAAACGAAGACUCCAUACAAAGGAAUUGGAAAAUGCGUUAGAGGAGACAGUUUCAGAAACAACCAUUGGGCAUAGCCUACCUGUAGGGACAGAGCCAGCAGUUGCAGCUCCAGCCAAAGAGCUAAUUGACAAGAAAAAACCAGUGUUGAAUGAUUCCGUUAACCCAACUGCACAACAAAACACAAAUAAUAACAACCAAAGUAAUAAACAGAGCGAAGGGUCCGCAGUUGUAACUACCGGUAGCAAAUCUGAAACCGGAGGCAACAAAAAAUUGACUGAUUUCUUCCAAGUUCGACGAAGUGUAAGAAAGACCAAAAAAGAAGUUCAAUGGGAAAGGGAUCGCGAUAUCGAGAAGGCAAUCCGUGAGGAACGCGAGACAGGCUUGAAGAUUGCAUGUUUCGAUGGCAAAGGACGAGGAAUAAUAACCACCCGGCCAUUUUCGAAGGGCGAGUUUGUUGUGGAAUAUAUCGGCGAUUUGAUAACUGUAUCAGAGGCUAGACAACGCGAACAAAUUUACGCCGAAGAUGACAAUACGGGCUGUUAUAUGUACUAUUUUAAGCAUAAGAACGUGCAACACUGCAUCGAUGCAACAGCCGAGAGCGGUAAGCUUGGAAGGUUGGUAAACCAUUCGCGGAAUGGAAAUCUUAUGACCAAAACAGUGUCUUUGAAUAACCGACCUCACUUGGUGCUAAUUGCCAAAGAAGAUAUCUCUGAAGGAGUCGAAGUGACGUACGAUUAUGGUGACCGUUCGAAAGAAUCAUUGCAACACCAUCCAUGGCUAGCAUUCUAAGUGUUUUGGUUAGGUUUUGACUAGUUUGUUCGCUGUGCCAUGGUGCUUUUGCAGUAUUCUGACACCUCGAGACAGCGAGCGAUUUACAAGCAAGUACCGCCAUAUUUCGUUGCUUUGAAUGUGGGCUGUGAGCAAACGUCGAAUUACUAUGAGUGUUUCGGUGAUUUUGCUCGAUUUUUAUUAAGAAAAAGUAACCGACAAUUUACAGCGUUAACAUCGGGCGUGAUAAAAACUUUCGAUCCCUGAUUAUAUGAACAAUGGGGACAUAUUUUUGCAUAAUGAUAAGCGUAUCCUGCAAGACACUGAAUACACCUGGCUCCAUAAUAGCAGGGUAUCACACGAUUCGUAAUUUAUUGCUUUUUUAUAGGAUAAGCUUAUUUCAAAAUGUUCUUAAGAUAGAUGAAUAUUACAAUGAUUAUGAACAAAUAAGUUUAUUCAUAGUAUGUAAAACAAUUAUGUUCUUGACAAGGAGAGUUGGGGUUGAAUGCAAACACACGAAUUUAAUUUUCCUAAUAUAUUUUGCCAACAGCGCUGUAGGUAUGACCAUUAUGGCAAUGAAAUCAGAUAUAUCUUUUACAUAUUUUCAUGAUUAAGGACACAGCGUAUUACCAUGGUUUAAAAUAGGAUGUGAAAGUGAUCCAACAGCUUUGACGUUCGCAUAAAAUGCAUUUAGGAAUAAAACACAUAUAUUGUCAAAUAGCCAUCGAUUCAGAUCAAAAAUGCAUUGUUUGAAGAACUUGCAAAAUGUUCACUCUCGGGACAACAUUAGAGGGAAACGAACGAAUGGUUUGAGUCAGUGAUUAACAUGGGAGGUAGACUAUGUUAUUUGUCAAGAAUAUUUAUACGUUUGUUUAAUGCCUUUUGGAAAUGGAACUCGGUUCGGAUUCACUGAGAAGAAAAUCAAGUAUUUACUUUAUUUCACAGUAUUGAAAAAAAAAACAACGAUAUUUUCAAGUAUAAAACUGGAAAGGAAAUAUUUAUUGAUUAUUUAAGUAUGAAACCAAAAAUAAUUGAAUGAUUUUCGACAGUUGUCUUGUAUGAUUCAUCGUGAACGGGACAUGAGAAAAUUGGCUAAAUCUUCUCAAAAAAAUUAAUUUAUGCAUGUUUUGCCUCUUACUCUUGGAUGGACGAAAUUAUUGUAUAACAUUUUCUAGGGCACCGAUUAUUCAUAAGCCACUAAAACUUAACAGUCAAGCAAGCAGCGAUGCCAGGUCAUAAUUUAAAAAAUAUGUGAUCGAACCAAAAAUCAAUCUGUGGCAAAAUCUGUGUACACUAUCCCUACCAACAACGCACUUAGGGAUAAUUUUGGGUAUUUCAGUGAUCCUGGCGCAACUAAAAAUCUUCAUCUGCAUCAAGUGACUGAAAACUGUAUCAAGCAUUGUUCAAUUAGCCGCCCUUACACGUGACAAUGUUAUUGUUAAACUAAAGUAUUGUCAAUACCGUCAAUCCAAUUGACUUGAUAACUUGAGUCUGCGUUUUUCAAAAAAAAGCUAGCGUUUGUAUUUUCGUCAAUGUUUCCACUACACGGUCAAAAGUAUUGUCAAUACUCCUUGUAUUGACAAUAAUAUUGUCUCGUGUAAGGGCCACUAUUGGUACUUCUCGUCAGAGGCUUAUAGACCGAUCUGCACUUGAACUUGUUUAAUAUCAAAAGAAUUAUUUGAUAUUUUUCUUAGAAAUUUUAGUAUCAGUAUUGAUAAAUUUCGCAUUAUGUGCAGCUUUGCGACCGGGGAUUCUUCAUACACUCAUUAGAUUCGUCUUAUUGACUGUAAACGUAUGAAGACUGAAUUAAAAGAAAUUUUUUCGUUCAAUCAGUGUCAGUGUCCGCACUGUGUACUGCUAUUUAUUUAUUUUUUUUUUUUAUAUCAUUUAUUUUACCCCGGCUUUAACCAUUUUGGUCGUUCACCGGGUAAACUGCUAUUUAUUAUUAUUAUCCCUUUUAUUUAGAUCCGAUUAUGCGUGUGCAGUUUCGCUACCGAAAAUUGUUUUACAAUCGUUAUCCACAUCAUAAUCACCCCUAUUCUGUACGUCGAUCGAUUCAAAAUAUUCCGAUCGAAUGUGCAAUUUUCAUUCUGCAUUCAGUUCGAGUGGGGUAUGAACUCGAAUAUCAUUCGUUUGAGUUGUUAAAUUUUCGAACAUUACUCGAUCGACUUGCGAACGUACUACUUAUGUUCGGUUUAGAAUCGUUGUAGUUUGUUUAUACAAGUGUGGUUCGUUCUAAUUUGUUUAUUUGUUUGUUUAAGUGAGGUUUCGUUUACUAAGAAAUUAAUAAUAUAAAUAAUAUAGAACGUGUAAGUAGUGUUGACAGCUUUGAUGGUUAGUGUUCGAAAUUUCAAGUGUUCCCGAACGAAAGUCGAUCGAAUCAUACAAGUCGAACGGAAUAAAGAAUGCAAAAUUCGAACUCGAACGAAAGUGUAGAUUCGUUCGUAUCACAAAUCCGUCGGAUUGCAGAAUCGGGGUGAAUGCAAGUACAGCCAAGACGACGUGCGUUAAAGAUAUUGAUCAUUUAGGGGUUAGCCAAAUUUUGUGCUAGGGCACAUAACCGUUUUUAUUAUUUUUACGUUUCGUCUUUGACUCAUCAGUGCAGAGCAGUUCAAAUUGAACUGCUUAGUGCUAAACUCAGCAGUUCAAUUUGAACCGCUAAGCAGACGUAAAGUUUCUGCUACUUACAGAACACUUCUUGUUUUGCAACGGAGUGCAAUGUCUUUUCUGACGUGCCGAACGAAAACGUGUUUUCGACUAUUUCUGGCCGAUGCAGGUAUGGUCAUUUAGGGGUUAGCCAAAUUUUGUGCUAGGGCACAUAACCGUUUUUAUUAUUUUUACGUUUCGUCUUUGACUCAUCAGUGCAGAGCAGUUCAAAUUGAACUGCUUAGUGCUAAACUCAGCAGUUCAAUUUGAACCGCUAAGCAGACGUAAAGUUUCUGCUACUUACAGAACACUUCUUGUUUUGCAACGGAGUGCAAUGUCUUUUCUGACGUGCCGAACGAAAACGUGUUUUCGACUAUUUCUGGCCGAUGCAGGUAUGGUCAUUUAGGGGUUAGCCAAAUUUUGUGCUAGGGCACAUAACCGUUUUUAUUAUUUUUACGUUUCGUCUUUGACUCAUCAGUGCAGAGCAGUUCAAAUUGAACUGCUUAGUGCUAAACUCAGCAGUUCAAUUUGAACCGCUAAGCAGACGUAAAGUUUCUGCUACUUACAGAACACUUCUUGUUUUGCAACGGAGUGCAAUGUCUUUUCUGACGUGCCGAACGAAAACGUGUUUUCGACUAUUUCUGGCCGAUGCAGGUAUGGUCAUUUAGGGGUUAGCCAAAUUUUGUGCUAGGGCACAUAACCUGAUGCACUGAUGAGUCAAAGACG